GUCGGCUCCCCGUCAGUGCCAUAGCAACCAGUGCAGGCAUCAACCAUCAACAUGGCCAGCAAAGCAACGACUGUGAGAGAAGCACUGGCCAAAUGGGAAGAAAAGUCAGAGACUAAAGCCAGUGAAGCUAAAGCAAUAAAACUGUAUGGUCAGGUUCCUCCUAUAGAGAAGAUGGAUGCUUCUCUCUCCACUCUCAUCAACUGCGAAAAGCUGUCUCUGUCUACAAACUGCAUUGAGAAAAUAACCAAUCUCAAUGGCCUGAAGAACCUGAAAAUACUGUCAUUAGGAAGAAAUAAUAUUAAGGCGCUCACUGGUCUGGAUGCAGUAGGGGAGACAUUAGAAGAGUUAUGGAUUUCCUAUAACUUGAUAGAGAAACUGAAGGGAAUCCAAUGCAUGAAGAAACUGAAAGUCCUCUACAUGUCCAAUAACCUGGUGAAAGAAUGGGGAGAGUUUGUGAGGAUAGCUGACCUACCAUGCCUUGUAGACCUGGUGUUUGUUGGAAAUCCUCUGGAGGAGAAGCAUUCGGCUGAGGGAACCUGGAUGGAUGAAGCCUCUAAAAGACUUCCUAAUCUGAAGAAACUAGAUGGAACCCCAGUCAUCAAACAGGAAGAGGAUGAAGGAGAUGGAGAGAGUUGAGAAGCAUGACGAUCUGCAAAAUCCAACCCUCCUCCCUAAGAAUCUUCCCUUUUUUAAGUUUUGUAUGGUUUGUCAUGUCGCUUUUCUUUAUAUAAAAUGUGAUUUUCACAACAGCGUAGACUAUGUUGUAGACCUGUAAACUGACAAUACUGCAGGCCUUAUGGGUUCUGGACCAGAAAAAGGUUUUGACAAAUCCCUAUAAGUAGAAGUACAUGAUAAGCACAAUUCCUAAUGCCAUUUACAGCAUUAGGAUUUUUUACUGUCAAAAAGUAUGAAAGAUAUUGAAGUGAAUACUAAUGUGUUUUUAUAGUGUCCUUGAUUUUAUAUGACUCUUAAGUUUUUCAAGCACAGUGUAGCACAGACUAGUGAGCAGAGACAUUUGUGUGGACCACAUGUUGAUCGGGUAAUACCAUUAACUCAAUGCUGCUUGACCUCCUGUAGCCUAUUAGGAGUCGGCUGCUACAUUUACAUCACAUUGGACUAAGAAGUGGAGCACCUGGUUAGAUAGAGUGACUUUGAGUGAUACAUUUUAGUGUCAACCACAAAUGAAAUAUCCAGCAAAUAGUUGUAUCUUACCAUGUUACUAAAACGGCACACUGUUUUUCAUGGUUGUUAUUAGAAUUCAGGACUUGCUGAAAUCAGGGUUUACCACCAAACUGACUUCUCAGGUAGUAAGCAGUAGUACUGUUCAAACAGGAGGUUAAGUUAGUGUGUACUUUCCUUCUCAUGGGACUUUAAGGUACCAUCUCCACCUACAUUGAAACAGCCUUUGGACAGGACUGUGGAGCCAUCAGAGCUGAGUGUAAAAACAUACAUGACCAAAAUAAAUCCUCAGCUCUGUUUGGCACUGUGUUGUUUCAGAUAGUCCAGGCUGACAUAAUUAUAAUAACAUUUGUGUGAGUAAAAUGAUUUUCAUAUUUUAAAUUAUUUUAGGAACGUCUGUACUUACAGUUGUGAGAUAUUUAUGAUUUUAAAUGAUUUUGUUAUUUCAAAUAAAUAAA